GAGCAGCUUGCACUGCAGCCCUGCAGAUGCCCAGGCCUCCAAGAGUUCUGUUUCGAACACUAGCACACAGCACUCUGUGGAAGAGAAAAUGAUAUGGGUCCUCUCGCCGUUAUUUGCAUGAUUGUGGAUCUGCUAGAUGCCGCGGAAGUCUCCAGCAUUGCAAUCAUUUCUGGAGUGGAGCGCUGGUUUGUAGGCGUGUUCCUUUCUCUGCCCGGGCUGUGUGGCUUCUGCCCGUCUCAGGUACCCAUCUGUGCAGUGGGAAUGGAGACGGAUCGGGAUUUGGGGACGAACCCACUAAAUAUCGGUGUCUCCAGUCAAGGGGAUAAGUGAGCAGCUGUUUGUGGCGGCCAGGACACGGUCCAUCUGUUUGCAGGUCUGGCGGGGGACCCGGCAGCAGUGGUGUCGGUGGGAGAUGCCCGGGUGGCCCACGGAGGUCCAUGUGGCGCCCUAGGUGGGAUCCUGGCAUCCUGAAGGCCGAGGCCCUGGCCCUGCUUCCCUGCGGCCUGGGCAUGGCAUUUUCUCAGUCACACGUGAUGGCCGCGAGGCGACACCAGCAUGGCCGACUCAUCAUCGAGGUGGACGAAUACAGCUCCAACCCCACCCAGGCCUUCACCUUCUACAAUAUCAACCAGGGCCGCUUUCAGCCACCGCACGUGCAAAUGGUGGACCCCGUGCCUCACGACGCCCCAAAGCCACCUGGCUACACACGCUUUGUCUGUGUUUCUGACACGCACUCAAGGACAGACCCCAUCCAGAUGCCCUAUGGUGAUGUGCUGAUCCAUGCCGGAGACUUCACGGAGCUGGGGCUCCCGAGUGAGGUGAAGAAGUUCAAUGAAUGGCUGGGUAGCCUGCCCUAUGAAUACAAGAUCGUGAUUGCGGGCAACCACGAGCUGACCUUCGACCAGGAGUUCAUGGCUGACCUCAUCAAGCAGGACUUUUAUUACUUCCCAUCCGUGUCCAAGCUGAAGCCGGAGAACUAUGAGAACGUGCAGUCGCUGCUGACCAACUGCAUCUACCUGCAGGAUUCAGAGGUCACUGUGCGUGGCUUCAGGAUCUACGGCUCCCCGUGGCAGCCCUGGUUCUACGGCUGGGGGUUCAACCUCCCGCGAGGCCAAGCGUUGCUGGAGAAGUGGAACCUCAUCCCGGAAGGUGUUGAUGUCCUUAUAACUCAUGGACCACCACUGGGCUUUCUAGACUGGGUCCCCAAGAAGAUGCAGCGUGUGGGCUGUGUGGAGUUGCUCAACACGGUCCAGAGGCGAGUCCAGCCGCGGCUGCAUGUCUUUGGCCACAUCCAUGAAGGGUAUGGUGUCAUGGCAGAUGGGACCACCACCUAUGUGAAUGCAUCCGUGUGCACUGUGAACUAUCAGCCUGUGAAUCCUCCCAUAGUCAUCGACCUCCCCACACCCCGGAACUCCUGACUGCUCCCCACUCCAGCUCUGCCCACCCAUGUCAGCUCCGUAUGUCUGGCUGAGAGCCUGGAUCCCCUAACCCACUUCCUCCCAUGCAGAACAGCCCAGACAAUCCAUCUGGCCAUGGGACCAGCCAGCAAUGAGUAGACUCCUUGGGAUGAAAGAAAUUGCCUUUGACUGUCAGCCUUCUGCCGGGGCCUUGAGCAGCCCCAUCGGGGCACCAUGCUCACUUCUGUUUUCUGUGUGUACAUCUGUCCUUCAUUGCAGGGCCUCACAGGCUCACAGCCCUCUCUUGCUCGGGAGGUGACAGAAGCGUCACCACACUCAAUUCAGCACUCUCCUACUUUGAGGAGCCUCUGCCCUUGGAUGAGUUUUGGGAAUUUUUAUACACAAUGUCUCGCUACCCAAGUGCAUCUGUGUGGCUGUGAGCCCCACGGCUGGGGGGACGUGUGACCUGGGCACAGACAGUCCUUCCCGGGUUGGAGGCAAGGAGAUAGGCCUGCCCCUUGUGUGCAGGGAUCUUGGAGUGUUCAGAGACAUCUCAGGAAUUCCGACAGCCCCUGGUCAGGCCCACAGCAGUUGGCUUGGCUUAGUCCCUCUUCUUCCUGAGGACCUGCUGCUGACGUGGACCGAGUGUCCCCAGUUCUGCUUGGAGCCUGGAUUUGGGGGGCUUGGUUCUUCUGGGUGGCCAGAACCUACUGGUUCCUUAUUAUGUGAGGCCAUCGUAGAUCCCCUGGGACUACAUGACUCUGUAGAUCACAAUGUCCAGGGGGCUCCACAGGCUGAGGCUCUGUGCCCGGUCAUGUACAUGUCCAAUGUGUGUGGCACACGCCCCCUCCAAAUCUAACCUGGUUCAGUUAGUAUCCACCAUUCCUUGAUGUGAGUUUCCCUUCAGAGGACUGUUUGCUGGGCUUGUCAGUACCACUGGUCACCGGGAGGUGGCGCAGUAGCAGAGCAGCCCUGGGCACUGAUGGCAACACCACCCAGGGCUACAGCCUUUGUUGGGUUAGGCCUGCUAGGGAGCCCAUCUGCAGGGGACAGAGCCAGCAAGGCCCCGGGUCAGGGGCAGGCAAGGUCAGAAGUAGUCUUUAUUUAAAAUGCUGAUAUUUGUUCUUUGUGGACUAUUUUUGCACUCACUCAUAUUCUUAGUAACACAUCAAAAAAUACUAUUAUUUGUCCUAACCCUUGCUGUUUUACAACUUCUAUGUCAUGCAUCUGACAUAAGGGCCUUGCUUCCUCAGCCUGACCCAAGCCUUGGGGACCAGCUCUCCUGGUACCUUUUAUUCCAUAUAAUUUGGAUUUAUCUACAGUCAUUCCUGCAACGGAGGUAGGUACUCUUGCCCUGUUAUAGAGAUGAGACCACGGAGGCCAGAGAGACGAGGGCACUUGCCUGAGGGUACACAGCAUAAAAGGGACAGCAACAAGAUUUGGAUCUCAUCUCUGGCCCCACAGCCCUCACCGUCACCACCAGAAUUCUCUCUCUACAGAGCAAGGCUUGGGCCAAGACUUUUUAAUUUUGAAGGGUCCUGUUCAAAACUGGCUCUCGUUCAUUCUCAGUUGAGAGUCCCUUAGACCAUAAGGAAUUUUGAGCCUUGAGCUCAGAACCCCAGCAUCUUGUGAGACGCACUCCCCAGUCUUUCCCUGCAGGUGAAUGAGCCAGGCUCACUGUGGGUGAAGCUGCAUCCCCAAGAGGAUAGAGGUGCCCCACAGGCCACAGGGCUGCAAAAAUCUUACUUGGGCCAAGUGGUUCUUGGUGUGUGUGACAUUUACAAGGUCUCUCUCCUGUGCCUCAGAUGCAUGACAUGUUUGGGGCGGAGGAAACACACCUCCUGUGUGCUGUCUCAGCUCUGCAGUUUCUAUGUGGACCAAGAACUAUAAACUUUAAAGAAAAAGGUUUUCCUAGGGCAUCUUCAGAUUAUGGCAUAUUUUUAUGUGGAGAAGAAAAGCUGUGGAGGCAGCUAUCUUUAAGAGAAAAUUCAUUGGAAGUCCUCAAGAUUUGAAAGAUGGCGGCCUGCUCCUCAAUCAUUUUGGCAUAACUUGAUUGUGGCUGUAAUUUUUUGUCAAGCAUGUCAGACAAUAAAGUCUUUGUAAAAAGAAAAA